CCGUUGUGUGCGACUUUUGACUUUCAUUCUUGUGUGAAGUUUACAGCUGUGCUGGUGUUACUCGCAGCUCUAUCAUUAAAAUCGCCAGAUUGCCAUGGCAGCAGGUGAAAAUUGAACCGCGGUCGGCCUUUUGAAUUGUUAAAUGUGUUCGUCGAAAAGUGAAAAUGACGAAAAUGUGUUCAGUGAAAUUCGCCCUUCACAGGUAUAGUUUUAGUGUUUCAGUGCUAGUUUUUUUUGGACUUGUCCACCGGAACGUUUGUCAAGAUAUAAAAUGUGGACAUCCGACAGUACUUCUAAACAGCAGAGUAACGUUAAGUUCCCCAAGUUUAGCACCAGGCACCGUGGCGACAUAUCAGUGCGACGAAGGAUACGAAACAUUCGGUAACACAAAUACUACCUGCUCCCCUUCCGGACAGUGGAUUGGUGAACUUCCAUUUUGUGGUAUUAAUGUCGCCUACCGAAGACCUGCCAACCAGUCCACCACCGUGAAAGGAGGAUCAGCCGUGAAUGCCAACGAUGGCGACAAAAGCACCGAACACGACGGGAAGAGGUGUUCGGAAACAUACAAAGAAACUAGUCCAUGGUGGCAAGUCGACUUGCUGAGGCCGUAUCCUAUCAAGACGAUAAGAAUCACCACUAGAGGCUGUUGUGGGCAUCAGCCUUUGCAGGAUUUGGAAAUUAGGGUGGGCAACAGCAGCACUGAUCUGCAGAAGAACCCGCUGUGUGCCUGGUUUCCUGGAACAAUAGAUGAAGGAGUUUCCAAAACAUUCACCUGUGCCCGAGUUUUGACUGGACAACACGUAUUCUUACAACUGGUCGGAGUGGAAGGUUCAUUGUCAUUAUGCGAAGUUGAAGUUUUUUCAUCAGACGAGUUUGCUGUGGAUCGAUGCAUUCCAAAAACCUCUCCAGACGGAACAGAAAUCGCCACCUUCGCCCAAACGUGCUACAAAUUCGGCGUUGACAAAGGGGGAUCCUUCGCCGAUGCCAGGACAUACUGCAAAAAGCAUUACGGGGACAUGAUGCACUCGAUGACACCGGCGCAAAACUCUUUUCUUCACGCGGAACUGGACAGAAGGAAAUCGAAGUUGCAGACGCAGUUGGUUUGGAUUGGAGCUCAGAAGGAGCCCGGAGUGAUUUCGAGGACUUGGAAGUGGGUUAACG